AUGCCCGGCCCCGUGGACACCGCAAAGUCCAUCACGAAGAAGCGGAAGAGGAAGCACGGCGCCCGCUCCACCGGAGAUAAUGACGAGGCUCCCAAGCCCGUCGAGGCUAAGUCGAGCCCAGCUGUGAAGGCAAAGAAGGCCGUUCCUUCACCCAAGCCUUCGGCUGAAAAGUCGAACAAGAAGCGCAAGGUCAGCCCUACGCCCAGCGACGACGAGGAAAGCGACGACGAGGAUAUUGAAGAGAUUGAGGACAAGGAGGAAAGUGACAAUGAGGGCAGCGAUGAGGAGACUGAAUCCGUCAAUGGCGAGGGCGCGGAUCUGCCUACCCUGGAUGAAGUCCGUCUGCCUCAGACUGAGGGUGUGCUGCAGAAGUUUACCGAGUUGAACCUGUCGGAGAAGACCAUGAAGGGUAUCCAGGAUAUGGGCUUUGAGACAAUGACCGAAAUCCAGCAACGCACCAUUCCCCCGCUGCUGGCCGGACGUGAUGUUUUGGGUGCUGCGAAGACCGGCUCCGGCAAGACGCUGUCCUUCCUGAUCCCCGCCGUCGAGAUGCUCAGCGCCUUGCGCUUCAAGCCGAGAAACGGCACCGGUGUCCUGGUGGUCUCUCCCACCCGUGAAUUGGCUCUGCAGAUUUUCGGUGUCGCUCGUGAACUGAUGGCGCACCACUCCCAGACUUAUGGUAUUGUCAUUGGUGGUGCCAACCGCCGCGCCGAGGCCGACAAGCUGGCAAAGGGUGUCAACUUGCUCAUUGCGACUCCCGGACGUCUGCUCGAUCACCUUCAAAACACCCAAGGUUUUGUGUUCAAGAACCUGAAGACCCUCGUCAUCGACGAGGCCGAUCGAAUUCUCGAAGUCGGUUUCGAGGAUGAGAUGCGCCAGAUCGUGAAGAUCCUGCCCUCUGAGGAGCGCCAGACCAUGCUCUUCUCUGCUACCCAGACCACCAAAGUCGAGGAUUUGGCUCGGAUAUCGCUGCGCGCCGGUCCGCUCUACAUCAACGUGGAUCACCGCAAGGAGCACAGCACCGUGGAGGGUCUGGAACAAGGCUAUGUAAUCUGUGAGGCCGACAAGCGCUUCCUACUCCUGUUUUCGUUCCUCAAGCGCAACCUGAAGAAGAAGAUCAUUGUCUUUUUCUCCAGUUGCAACUGCGUGAAGUACCAUGCUGAGCUGUUGAACUACAUCGACCUGCCCGUUCUGGAAUUGCACGGCAAGCAAAAGCAGCAGAAGCGCACCAACACCUUCUUCGAGUUCUGCAAUGCCAAGCAGGGCACUCUGAUCUGUACCGAUGUUGCUGCCCGUGGUCUUGAUAUCCCCGCUGUCGACUGGAUUAUCCAGUUCGACCCUCCAGAUGACCCCCGUGAUUAUAUUCACCGUGUCGGCCGUACUGCCCGUGGUGCCAACAGCAAGGGCCGCAGUCUGAUGUUCCUGCAGCCGUCUGAGGUUGGCUUCCUGAAGCAUCUCAAGGAGGCGCGUGUCCCCGUCGUCGAGUUCGAGUUCCCCUCCUCGAAGAUCGUCAACGUGCAGUCUCAGUUGGAGAAGCUUAUUGCCCAGAACUACUAUCUCAACAAGUCCGCCAAGGAUGGCUACCGGUCAUACCUGCAGGCGUACGCCUCGCACUCGCUCCGCUCCGUCUUCGACGUGCAUAAGCUUGACCUCGUCAAGGUGGCCAAGGGCUUCGGCUUCUCUGCCCCGCCGCGCAUCGACAUCCAGCUUGGUGCCAGCAUGGGCCGGGACAAGAAGCAGGAGCAGCAAGGCCGCCGGACAUAUGGCAGCCAGCCCAAGGGGGGCAAAGGCCUGAAGUUCAAGCGGAAGUACGACGACUAG